AUGAAGCCGGCUCCUCUCGUUUGUACGUCAUUUUCGAAUACCAAGAUGUAUGUGGAGGCUUUGUCGCCUGUCGAGUUCCCUAGGAUCGCCGUAUCAUCUUUGAAGGCAGGGAAUGUCAUGACGACAAGGGGGAGUUUUACUGUUAUACUCGUUGGCGAGACCGGAACUGGCAAGACCAGUUUCCUAUCUCUCCUUGUCAACGUACUGGCAGGCAAAACACCAAGCAGCUACAACCUGGAACCGUACGAUGUGACCAACGAGUACGGUGGACCACAAAAGCACAGCCAAACGAAGGCCGCCAAGGUCUACAAAUUCACGAGCUUGAAUGGCGUUGACAUCACCGUGCUCGACACCCCUGGCCUCGCCGACACGCGGGGUCUUGAGAAAGACAACGAACAUAAAGAGAGCAUCACCACCGCUAUUGGGGAAAAUAUCCCGGAAGUGACGGCGGUGAUCAUUCUGGCCAAUGGCACCAACCCACGCCUUGGGGUUGCCACUGACUAUACCAUCACUACACUUUCUUCCAUCUUCCCUCGGACUCUUGCCGAGAACAUCGGGAUUUUGUUCACCAAUGUCUCGAAUCCUCUCUCCUGGAACUUUGAACUUGACACGCUGCCCGAUGAGUUGCGACGCGCCAAAAGUUUUUUAAUCGAUAACCCCCUUGGGAUGCAGAAGAAGUACCUGAAGGAUUGUGGGAAACUCGACCAGAACAAGAUAAAAAAGUUCAAAAAUUUAACCAUCAAACGGCGGUGGAAACGCUGGCAGAGAUCUUUGACUGGUUUGACGGUCUUGAAUCUCAGGCUACGACGGAGAUUACGUCGCUCUACAACAAAUCGAUCGAAAUCGAGCACAAAAUCAACGGCACGUUGGCCAGCAUGA